AUGAGGGGACCCUAUGGGGGUCUCCCUGACCUCCGCCCCCUUCGCAGCGCCGCCCUCCUCCUCUCCAUCGCCCUCCUGGCUCAGAGCCGCCCUCAGCCUCCCCCCCCCCAAAAGAAACCUCCAUCAUCAUCAUCAUCAUCAUCAUCCUCGAGGCUGGGAGACCCCUGGGACGAGCCGAACCCCUUCAGCUGGCUUGAAGACGCCAAAGGAGGCGGCACGAAACGAAACGGAGGAGGAAACCCGACAGAAACGUGGAAAGAAUUGGAAGAACUGAAUAAACUCCGAGCGGAGGCGAGAAAAAGGGAACGGGAAAGAGAACGGGAACGGGGCCGGGGAUGGGCCAGCGCCAGGCAGCUGAGGCAGCAGCAAAGCCUGGAGCUGAAGCUGCUGGAACGGCGCUACCAGGAGCUGAUGGAGAGCAGGAGGCAGGCGCAGGCAGCCCGGAAAGCGGCCGCCGAGGAGGAAAGGCUGGCGGACAUGGCGUCCGAUCUGCUGCUCCGGUACCUCCUGCACGGCCCCGGAGCGGAGGGGAAGCGAUCCGAGGAGGAGGAGGAGGAGGAAGGGGAGGAGGAACGGGAGGGGAAGGAGGAGUGGGGGGGGAGGGGCUUCCCUGAGGAGAGGGGGUUUGCGACGGGGAAGGAGUCAGUGAACAAUGGGGCAUCUGUGGGUAAAGGGUCAUCAAUGGGCAAUGGCUUCUCAAUGGAUGAAGAUUUAUCAAUGGGCAAUGGCUUCUCAAUGGGCAGAGGGGCGUCAGCGGGCAGAGGGUUUUCUGCAGGGCAGGAGUUCCCCAUUGAGAAGGAGUUUUCAAUGGGGAAGGGGUCGUCGGUGAGUAAGAAGUUCUCGGCGGGUACAGGGUUAUCAAUGGGGAAGGAAUUGGCCAUUGAUAAGGGAUUGUCAAUGGGGAAAGGCUCCAAGGUGGGGCAGGAUUUCCCACGGGGUAAUGGUUUAUCAAUGGGGAAAGGUUUCCCUAUGGACAGCGAGAGCCCGAUGGACAACGGGGCCUCAAUGGACAAUGAGGUGUUUGUGGGGAGGAAGACCCCAAUGGGGAGGAAGAUCGCAAUGGGCAAGAAGAUCCCGAUGGACACCCUGAGAUUCCCAACCGCCAACAACAAGAUCCCAAUAGCCAACAAUGAGAUCCCAAUGGCCAACAAGAUCCCAAUGGCCAACCAUGCAAUCCCAAUGGCCAACAACGAGAUCCCGAUGCUCAACCAAAUCCCAAUGGCCAACAACGAGAUCCCAAUGCUCAACCAGAUCCCAUUGGCCAACCACGAGAUCCCGCUGUCCAACCAUCUCCCUAUGGAUGAAGGCCCCAUGGCCAACCAGCUCCCGGGAGACCCCAACUCAUCCCCCCUCCACUCUCACCUCAACCCAGCCAACGUCCCAAGGACCGACACCGACCCAAUACCAGCCAACCCAGCCCCCGACUCGCUCCCAUUGGCCCAAGCGUUGGCUGCGGCCCUUCCAGCUCCUCCCGGUACCGGCACCGAUGGAGAUUUGGACCCUGAUGAAGGUUUGGACCCUGGAACCAUUGAUGAGCUGAUCGAGUUGUCCAGUCGUUUGCACCUCCCUGCGGACGACGUGGUGGACAUCAUCCACGACGUGGAGCAGAAGAGACAGGAGGAGGCGGCGGCGCUGGCGGCCUUUCCGCUGCCCGAUGAUGACGUCACUGAUGAUGAUGACGUCACUGAUGACGUCACCAACAAGCAGGAGUUGGAGGAGGAGGAUGAAGGUGGGGAUGAAGCCGUUCCCCCCCCGCCCCUCCCCGCCCCCCGGCCCAGGACGUUCCGGCCCCCGGCGGCGCAGUGGGGAGGGAGGAGGUGGUGAGGGGUGCUGAGGGGUCCCGGCCCCACUCAUCCCAGCCCCAUCCCGGCCCCACAGCCACCCCAUCCCACCUCCCCAAUCCCAACCCCAAUCCCAGCCCUCCCAGUUCCCCAAUCUGAUCCCGGUUCCCCGGUCCCAACCCCAAUCCCAAAACCCAACCUCGACCCCAAUCCAACCCCAACCCCCAUCUCAGCCCUAAUCCAACCCCAGCCCCAAUCCAACCCCCCCCGAUGCCCCUUCAUUAAUUUUGCUAACAAAUAAAGGCAACUAUUUUAGUA